UCUAAAUAAUUCAGUUAUUUAACAUCAUUAAUAAAUAGAAUAAUCUGAGAUGAUUAAAUGUAAGCAUAUACAUCACUAUAUUCUACAGUACACACACACACACACACACACACACACCCUAGCGGUACAUCUGCAUAGGUACAAUGACAUUUGGUUUUAUGGUUGGUUUCAGAAAGUGAAAUUUCGACUCGUAAGACUUUCUUUACAUCGUGCAUCUCACUUGUUGCCCAUAAAUACUGAGUAUUAACAGAGCACACGAUGGUGAGAGUAAAGUGUACAGCACUUGACACUCUUAUUAGGAGGACCAGUCUGCUGUACUGGAGAGUAGAGUGUGUAUACUGGGAAUACAAUGUUUCUACGCUUGGUGCACCUUUGUGUCCUUCUGACUCUGUGCAGUGUGAGCUGUGGCUUCAGCUGCCGAUGGAUCAACCUGAAAUUCAAGCAGCACCAUGGGACAUGUUUAACACUGCUUAGAGAAAUGGAAGAGGAAAUCAGCGUCAACGCCUCCGUCCCGGAUAACUGGCGUCACUGGUUCUUUAACCACAGCUCUACUCAGCCAGAGAAACAGGUCUGGUUCAUGGUUCAGACUCUGGACGAGGUCUCCCGACUAUUGGAAGAGUCCGACUCUGUGUCCUGGAACAAGGACAAGCUGGAAACUUUCUUACAUAUGCUGGAUCAGCAGGCCAACGGACUACGCUCCUGUCUUGAUCACAGAAUGAAAAAGAACAAACGAUUGCCCUUAUACUUCAAAAGACUAAGAGAUCUCACCAAUAACGACAAGCAGGAGAAGAACGAGGCCUGGGAGUGGAUCAGAAAAGAGCUGCUUCAACUCUUCGGCCUGUUGGACUUUUUCCCUGCUGUCUCUGUGAAUCCUGCUGCAAACCACAAUCAAUAAGAAGCUGAAGAUGUGCAGUGGAAACCAGAAGGCUGUGAGAUGGAAUCCCAGAGAAAAGCUACUGGCUCUGGUGAAAGACUCUUAACCUCCAGCUGCUCAGCUUUUACUUGAAUUGGGUUUUCCUGCACUUGUCUAUCACUUUGGAUCAAAAUGCAGUCAAAGGGUUCAGUUGUAUUUAAUCAGUCAGUGUUGUAUUAUUCAAAAACACAGCAACAUCAGAAGUGCAUUUCUGUACAUUUUCAACACUUACAUGAAGUUUACUCUUGCUGUUUAUCUCAUUUUAAUGAAAUUAUUUAUUUUAAAUGUCUGUUAAAGGAUAAAACUGUGAUCAUGCCUUAACUAU